UAUUCGGUUCAUACUUCAGAUGAUGGCCAGGGCCCAGAUCACGCUUUGCCGUAAACGGGCUCAGCGACUAGCUAAGUAGCUGCCUUCAAUUCUUUUGAUCUCUAGUCUACGAUCAUCGAUGGCUGAUAUCGCGACUCCUGAGUUUCUCAACGAUCUGAAGUCUCUGUAUCCUGCACCAGAAAAUUAUGUCGAUGGUGACUGGUUCCUAGCUGCCGGUAUAGCAUUCAGCUCGAGCAACUGUCCCGAAGGCGUCCCAUGUAUACUCCGCUAUGCUCUCGACGAUCUCGAGAAGCUCCCGGACAUCUCAAAUGAAGAUCGCAGGUUGCUUGUGCAGAAGAUGAGGGAUGGGAUCUUUAAGUCUGGCAUGAUCUCUGGCUACCCCAAAGCUAUCAACGCUCUUGUUUCGCUGUAUGAAGCCACCCCCGAAGAGCUUCGAGACACCGAGCUUCUGCGCGACCCUAAUCGAUCGAAAGAGGACGUUGCUGCAGCUGGUCAGGCAUAUUUUGAUUCGACAUACGGUGAUACCGCAGUGACAGUUCAGUCCUUGCUUAGAUCCGCAUACCCAGACCUCGAACACUUCACGUUGACACUUGGGUACGGGUAUGUGUACGCCUUCUUGGAAGUGACCUCAGCCAAGGAGACAUCAUUCACCAUGAUUUCUGCCCUGAUCCCGAACGACACUCCCCGUCAGGUUGAAUGGCACCUGACUGGUGCUAUUCGCAAUGGCGCAACAGUUGAGGAGGUAAGAGCUGUACGAGAGAUCGCACUGAGAAUCGCGACCAAAGCGGGCGUUUCCUUGAAACAUGAAGUUCCCAAUAUUUGAUGCAUAUCGACUACAUAAAUGUGUAGAUGGAAUCAAGUGCUCACCCAUUGGAAGGUUACACACGUCGGUUGGACAUGGUGUAGUUCUCGGCAACGGUGCA